AUGAUACCGAUACUUAACAGACGACUAAUAUCGAACCCUCGUUCGAUCAUUAAUCAACGGUCGUUUCUUCUAAUAAGACCAACACUGAAGAACUCAUCCAAGUUUAUUCCUUACCACCAUCGUUAUCACCACAACAAUGGAAUAUUGAUACCCACUAGAAACAUUGGGUUCAUCAAAGUUUUAACAAAGGCAACCAAGUUACCAGCAUACAUAGGUGGAGGAAUGGCAGCUGGGGGAACCUACAUUGCAUACAAAGUCGAACAAGCUAGUUCGUACACCCAAGAUCAAUUAAGUCGGUUCAAGGAUUUUACCGACGGCGUGUUUGAUAAGACAGGAGAAUUCUUCAAGAGUAUGAGUGGAGGAGAUAGUGGUAGUGGUGGUGACGGUGGUACCAGUAGUAGUGGGGGCGGAGGCAGUGGUGGGGGUGAUGAUGCCGCAACUGCACUUGGAGCAACUGCUGCUGCUGUAGGACUCACUAGCGAUGACGAAGACGAGACAGCAGUGGAAGAAGAUGAAGAUGAAGACGAAAUGGAGACACUAAUCGAAGAAGAUGACGAAGAAGAUUUUGAAGGACCAGACGAGACUGAUGAUAACAUGUUAAACCUCACUCGUCAAAUGAUUGAAAUCAGAAACUUGUUGGCAAGUGUAGAUCACGAUGGAAUCAAAUUACCAUCGAUUGUAGUUAUUGGCUCACAGUCUAGUGGUAAAUCUUCCGUCUUGGAAAGUAUCGUGGGACAAGAGUUUUUACCAAAAGGUUCAAAUAUGGUAACAAGAAGACCUAUUGAGUUGACAUUGGUGAAUACUCCAGAGUCGGCAUCAAAUGUAGCGGAACUACCCGCUUUGAAGAUAAACAAUUUAACCGAUUUCACCCAGUUGCAAAAGAUUUUAUAUGAUUUGAACAUGGCUGUACCGGAGACGGAAUGUAUUUCAAAUGACCCAAUACAAGUGACAAUUAGAUCACCAAAGGUGCCUGAUUUGUCGUUGGUCGACUUACCGGGGUACAUACAAGUGGAAGCUGCUGAUCAACCUAUCGAAUUAAAGAAGAAAAUUAGAGAGCUCUGCUUUAAGUAUUUGGAACCUCCUAAUGUCAUUUUGGCAAUCUCUGCAGCCGAUGUUGAUUUAGCAAAUUCUGCAGCUCUCAGAGCAUCAAGAUUGGCUGAUCCUAGAGGGGAGAGAACUAUUGGUGUCAUUACAAAGUUGGAUUUAGUCAGUCCUAAGGAGGCCCAUCUGAUUUUGACCAAUCGCAAGUAUCCAUUAAGAUUAGGGUAUGUGGGAGUCAUUACUAAAGCUCCACAGCCAAAGGGAAAUGCCAGCUUAUUUUCAAGAAACAAGGUGACUGGAUUUCAAGCAUUUGUAGCACAACAAAACUUUGAGCACAAUUAUUUAAAAGAACACAAGGAAGAUUUUUAUGGAACUACAGUGGGCACAAGAAACUUGAAAAAGAAAUUGAUGAAGGUUUUGGAAAAGACCAUGGCUGCAUCAUUAAGACCAACCCAUUUGGCGAUUCAACAAGAAUUGGAAGAGACGUCUUAUCAGUUCAAGGUUGAGUUUAAUGAUCGUCCAUUGACACCCGAGAUGUAUUUAGCAAACAAUAUUGACAUGUUGAAAUUGGGUACCAAGGAUUUAAGUCAUCACUUUUCGCGUAAUGAAUUGAAAGCGAUUUUGAAGAAUGCUUUGGAUCAAAAAGUGUUGGAUUUGUUAGCGGAAAGGUACUGGAACAAGCCAUUUGAUUUGAAUAGUUCAACUGUGGUGGAGCCAAACUUGAAGGAACUAACACAAGCUAUCCACGAUGAUGAUAUUUACUGGCACAGAAAACUAGAUUUAGCUUCAGGCUCGUUAACGAAAUUGGGUGUAGGGAGAAUGUCAACAAACUUGAUAACCAAUGCCCUUUUAACCGAAGUGGAAAAUCUUGUUGACAAUACCCAAUUGAGGAACCAUCCCAUGGCUAAGCAAGCAGUUAAGGAUGCGGCAAAAACAGUCUUGAGUGCAAAAUAUUAUUCGACUGCCGAUCAAGUGGAGAAUUGUAUCAAGCCAUACAAGUACGAAGUUGAGAUUGAGGAUCGUGAAUGGGAUGCAUCAAAGGCCAAUGCCGUUGCUUUAUUAAAGGAAGAGAUGAGGCAAUGUGAUGAAGUUUACAACGACUUGAAACAUCAUGUUGGUGGACGUAAAUUACAGCAAGUUGUUACAUAUUUGGAAAAGUUGAAACAGAACAAGUCGGAAAAUAUCGACCUUACAUCGAAUGAAACGUUGGGAUUUUCACCAACUUUAAUCCAAAGAGGCAAAGACGCCAUCUUUUUAAAAGAUCGAUUAUCGUUGCUUAAAAUGAGAUACCUGUUUAUUAAGAAUUCCAAAAAGUGUAAAUCAAAAGAAAACAAGUAUCAAUGUCCUGAAGUGUUUUUGGAUGCAGUGGCAACCAAGAUUUCCACCACGGCAAUUUUAUUCCUAAACGUUGAAUUAUUGAGUGAUUUUUAUUACAAUUUCCCUCGUGAGUUGGAUGUUAAAUUUUUCUCCAAUUUAUCUAAAGACGAAAUUGAAAGAUUUGCCAAGGAGGAUUCAAAGGUCAAGAAACACAUUGAAUUGCAAGAACAUAAGGACUUGUUGGAAAAUGCCUUGAGUAAGGUUGAAAGUGUGUUGGCUAUACAACGAGGCCAACUGAAGGAUAAUGAAGAGGAACAAAAGUCAAUUUUUAAAUGGUAG